AUGAAGGCAGCUAUUCUCAAGCCUUUCAUCAGUCUCUUUUUGGCUGCCCAAUUAGUUGCUGCUAAAUCCGAUAAGGUCGACGUUGAUGCCGACUCCAAGAGCGCUCAACUUGAAAAUUACUCUGUCAGUGAUGCUGGCUUUCAAGAAAUGACCCAAUUCGGUGUCAAGAUCAACAACUCUGACAGUUUGAAAGCCGGCUUAGAUGGUCCUGCCCUUAUGGAAGAUUUCAUGAUGCGUGAAAAGAUCAUGCACUUUGAUCACGAAAGAAUUCCUGAACGUGCUGUUCACGCUAGAGGUGUUGGUUUGCACGGCUACUUUGAAUCCUAUGGUGAUUACUCCAACAUCACUGCUGCAAGCUUCUUAAGAGGUAAGGGCAAGAAGACACCAAUGUUCGUUCGUAUCUCCACUGUCCUUGGUUCUCGUGGUUCUCCCGAUACCGUUCGUGACGUCCACGGUUUCGCUAUCCGUUUCUAUACUGAUGAAGGCAACUUUGAUAUUGUUGGUAACAACGUUGCUCCUUUCUUUGUGCACGAUGCCAUCAAGUUCCCUGAUCUUAUCCAUGCUGCUAAGCCGCAUCCUAAUACUGAAGUUCCUCAAGCUGGUACUGCUCACGAAACUGCUUAUGAUUUCUUUGCAGAGUUCCCUGAAUCCUUGAACACUGUUUUAUGGGCUCUUUCUGGUCGUGGUAUCCCCAACUCCAUCCGUCAAAUUGAAGGUUUUGGCGUUCACACCUACCGUUUGAUUACUGAAGAAGGCAAAUCUCGUUAUUGUAAAUUCAUCUGGAAACCCAAGCAAGGUCUCUCCAAUUUGCUUUGGGAUGAAGCUCAAAAGCUCGCCGGUAAGAACAUUGAUCACCAUCGUACCGAUAUCUAUACUUCCAUCGAUAACGGCGACUACCCUGAAUGGGAGUUCGGUGUCCAGAUCAUUGAAGAAGAAGACUUUGACAAGUUUGAUUUCUCUCUCCUUGACCCUACUAAGUUCGUUCCUGAAUCCUUGGUGCCUUUCCAACCUCUUGGUAAGAUUACUCUUAAUCGUAACCCUGAUAACUACUUUGCUGAGGUCGAGCAAGUCACUUUCCAUCCUGGCCACGCUGUCCGUGGUGUUGGUUUCACCAACGAUCCUCUUCUCCAAGGUCGUCUUUUCUCUUACCUCGAUACCCAAUUGAACCGUAUGAGCGGUCCUAACUACAUGCAAUUGCCUAUCAAUCGUCCGUUGGGCACUGUCCACAACAACCAGCGUGACGGUUACAUGCAAAUGAACAUUCACAAGGGCGAAGUCGCUUACUUCCCCAACCGUCUUCAAGGUAACACUCCUUCGGUCGUCGAUGGCGACAAGGGCGGUUACAUUGAAUACCCUGAAAAGAUCAACAACGUUACCAAGGUCCGUGGUCGUUCUGCCAAGUUCUUUGAUUUCUAUUCUCAACCUCGCCUCUACUGGAACUCUUUGACCGCACACGAAAAGCAACAGUUGGUGGACGGUGCUCGUUUCGAAAUUGGUGCCUCUACCUCGUUCGAUGUCCGUAAGAGAAUGGUGAAGCAGCUCAAUCUCAUCGAUAACGAACUGGCUCGUCGCGUUGCUUAUGGUAUUGGUGUUCCUCUCCCUGAAAAAGAAGUUGAAAAUGAUAACAAGACGUCUGUCGGCCUCUCCAUCGCCAACUACCCCAAGGACCAGAACAUCAAAACGCGUACUGUUGCCAUUCUCGUUGCCCCUGGUACGAAUAUUGAGGAAGCCAAGGCCAUGUACGAAUUCCUCAAGAAGGAAGGUGCUUAUCCUGCUUACAUCGGUCUCAACAUGGGCGAGCAAGACGGUCUUAAAAUCACUACUACUUACAGAGGCACUCACUCUGUCCAAUGGGAUGCUGUCUAUGUUCCUGGUGGUAACUCUCUUGACAUCAUGACCUCUCGUAACUCUUUCUUCCCCUUCGAUGAACCCAGAAUGUUCGUGGCUGAAACUUUCCGUCAUGCUAAGCCUAUUGCCGCCUCUGCAGAAGGUGCUAAGCUUCUCCAAUAUGCUGAUAUUGAACUUCCUGAACUUAAAUCGGGUUUCGCUGAGAAGGAUGGUGUUGUGGUCGCUGAAAAGGUCGACGAUCUUGAAAAGCCCUUUAAGGAAGCUCUUAUUAAACAAAGACAUUGGGAACGUCUUCCUUUAGAUCCUGAGAUCUAA